GUAAACCCACCAACGGCUUAUCGAAUGCUGAAAGAUUUUGUAGAUUUGAAUAAAGGAGACACUAUCAUUCAAAAUGGCGCCAAUUCGUCAGUGGGAAAAGCAGCAAUUCAGAUUUGUCGAAUUCGGGGUAUUCGUUCUAUAAAUAUUGUUCGCAAAAGAGAUGACAUGACACCUCUUGUUAGCGAACUGAAAUCGCUUGGAGCUGAUGAGGUUCUUACCGAAGAUCAGCUUUUCAAAGAGUAUCGUGGCAAAAUAAAGAAUGUGCGUUUGGCGCUGAACUGCGUUGGUGGAAGGUCUGCCUUGCUGUUAGCCAGCACACUUGGACAUCGUGGAUGCAUGGUCACUUAUGGAGGAAUGAGCAAACAACCAUUGCAGGUUUCAACUUCACCGCAGAAAUUUGUUUUUAUCUGCGUAAUUGCUCGACUGAUUCCAACUGGGCCCUUAAUUUUCAAGGACAUUCGUUUGGUUGGUUUUUGGAUGUCGCGAUGGUAUGAGGAUGCACAAAAUCUUGAAACUUUGAAAAGUAGUUCUUUUGUGUUAAAGGAGCGUAAAAGGAUGAAUGCAGAUUUGACAUCUUGGAUAAAGUCGGGAGAAUUUCGUGUACCUUCAUACGAAAAACGGACUUUGGAACAGUACAAAGAAGCAGUUGAAGCAGCUGGGACAAGUUUUGUUAUGAAGCAAUUAUUUACACUGAAUUAG